AUGUCGUUACCAUUGUUUAUUGGGAAGAUAAUUGAUACAGCUAAAACACCAGAUUCUAAGAAGGCCGACGCGGAUUCCGAAAAAAGUGAUAAUGUGGAUGAUAUUAAAAUUUUUGGUUUAGAACCAUAUGAGUUCUAUGGUGCUCUCGGUGUAUUCUUUUCUAUAGGAGCAGUGGCAAAUUUUGGACGUACAUAUUUAUUACGUUCAGCAGGUGAAAGAUUGGUCGCAAGAUUAAGAUCACGUCUAUUUCUGAAAAUUCUAUCGCAAGAUUCAUACUUUUUUGAAGGUGGACCAAGCAAUAAGGGAAUGAAAACGGGGGACUUAAUAUCAAGAUUGUCGAACGAUACACAAAUAAUUUCCAAAACUUUGAGUGGUAAUGUAUCUGAUGGGGCAAGAUCGUUGAUAAGCGGUUGUGUUGGGCUUUCGAUGAUGUGCUUUGUACUGUGGAAACUUACUCUUUGUAUGAGUGCGAUCUUUCCGCCUUUGAUUAUAAUGUCAGUGGUUUAUGGUAGACGAAUUAAACAGUUGUCUCGUACAAUUCAAGAAAAUCUAGGGGAUAUGACGAAAGUUACCGAAGAAAAAUUGAAUGGAUUGAAAACAAUACAAAGCUUUGCCCAGCAACGAAUGAUUGUUCAUGAUUAUAAUCAAGAAAUUAAAAAUAUUUUCAGAUCAUCCAUGCGUGAAGGAAAAUUGAGUGGUAUUUACUAUGGUAUUAACGGGUUCCUAGGGAACAUGACAUUAAUCGGUCUACUUGUAAUUGGAACCAAAUUAAUCGGUAAUGGAGAAAUAACAGUAGGUGAUUUAUCCAGCUUUAUGAUGUAUGCUGUUUAUACCGGUAGUUCAGUCUUCGGGCUUGGUAAUUUUUAUUCUGAGUUAAUGAAAGGAGUUGGAGCAGCAGAAAGAGUAUUUGAAUUGAUAGAACUGAAGCCGAAGAUUACUACAACCUUGGGUAAAAAAGUUGAUGACUUACACGGUGAUAUUGAAUUUCGUAAUGUAAAAUUUAGCUAUCCUUCAAGACCCGACUCACCCAUAUUUGGUGGAUCUAAAUUAAACUUAACGAUCACCAAGGGUGAACAUGUUUGUUUCGUUGGACCAUCGGGUAGUGGUAAAUCAAGUAUAUCACAAUUAUUACUAAGAUUUUAUGAUCCAACUGAAGGUACCAUUACGGUGAAUAAGCAUAACAUCAAGGAUCUCAAUUUGAAUUUCUAUAGAUCUCAAGUUGGUUACGUUCAACAGGAGCCAUUACUCUUUAGCGGAACCAUAAGAGAUAACAUCGUAUUUGGUAGAACGAACAGUAAUGAAGAUGAAAUAAGAGAGGCUUCAAUGCUAAGUAAUGCUUAUAAAUUCAUUGACGAAUUUCCAGAUAAGUUUGACACAGUCAUUGGCCCUACAACUAGUGGUGCUGCUCAGUUGAGUGGGGGACAGAAGCAAAGAGUAUCUUUAGCUAGAACAUUAAUUAAGAAGCCGGACAUUCUAAUCCUUGACGAGGCUACGUCAGCAUUGGACUCCCAGCUGGAAGAGAUGGUAAUGAAGAAUCUAAAAAGGCUAUCAAAAGACAUGCAUGUGACUAUAAUACUGAUCGCACAUAGAUUGUCAACUAUUAGGAACAGUGAAAGAAUAAUAGUAGUCAACUAUCGAGGAGAAAUAGUAGAAGAUGGAAAAUUUAACGAGUUAUACAAUAAUUCUAAUAGUGAAUUGAACAAGUUAUUGAAAGCUCAUGAAUUGCAAUAG